CCCACCUCCCAACUCCAAACAAGGCUGGUCCUCCAGUAUCCCAGCAAGCCUCAUCCGAAAGGUCGGCAACUUCCGGGAACCUUCACCGCCUGCUGAGGCGAACGGCAGGAAACCCGCCGAAUCAAUGAUUAAUUUAAAAAGAGCGAGCGGCGACUUUUGUGGCAGAUCCAUUUCGCCCGGAUCCGACCGUGUUUUUUUGCAGAUAUCUUGCCCCCCAAGUCACGCCGGUUGCACGUUGUCCUCCGCCUGUUGGUGAGAGGUUUGCGGAGAGCGCAGCGCCGUCCGGUUUGCUCCGCUCCGGACCGGCCAGCGGGGACACGGAGGCGCCGUUGGGUGAGAGACCGCUAGCAGGGACGGAAUGACGACCGGAUUCGGGUUCGGCACUGCCGGCGCCACCACCGGCGGCUUCGCCCUCGGAGCUUCCAGCAAUCCUAGUGGUACCGGAGGAUUUAAUUUUGGAAAUCUUGGUACCACUGCUGCAACCACAACCACAACUGCAUCUACUUUUGGAGGCCUUGGUGGUGGACUGUUUGGACAGAAGCAAACUACUGGAUUCUCAUUUGGCUCCACGUCAACAGGAACUACAACAGCAGCAACUACAGGAUUAACCUUGGGAGCACCUGCAACUACAACUUCAACUGGUUUUGGUUUAGGGUUCAGUAAACCAGCUGGUUCAGCAACACCUUUUGCAAUGCCUGUUGCACCUUCUGCAACAGGAGGACUGUGUCUUUCAUCUGCACUGCCAACAUCUACAGCAGGUUCUACAGGAUUUGCAUUAAAUUUGGGCGGAACCCCUGCUUCCACUGCAUCAGUACCCACGGGCCUGACUUUGGGGGGGGCUUUGACUGGUUUAGGUGGCACUCUCUUUCAAGGUACAAGUGCCUCAACUGCAGGACUUGGACAAUCACUAGGUUUAAAUCUUGGUGUAUCUACAGUUGCUCCAACCACUACAGCUAGUGAAGGACUUGGUGGUAUAGACUUCAGUGGAUCUUCUGAUAAGAAAAAUGAUAAAUGUUCAACUGGAAAUAGACCCGACGAAAGCAAAGCUCUUAAGGAUGAAAAUUUACCACCUGUUAUCUGUCAGGAUGUGGAAAACUUUCAGAAAUUUGUAAAAGAACAAAAGCAGGUACAAGAAGAGAUCAGUCGAAUGUCUUUUAAAGCUAUGCUGAAAGUACAAGAAGAUAUCAAAGCACUGAAACAGUUGCUGGCUGUGGUUGCCAGUGGACUUCAGAGGGAUUCACUUGCCAUUGACAAACUCAAGAUAGAAUCCGCACAGGAGCUUAAAAAUGCUGAAAUAGCACUGAGAACACAAAAGAUACCACCAGGACUUCAGCAUGAAAAUACAGCGCCAGCCGACUAUUUCAGGCAGCUGGUGGAACAGUUUGAAGUUCAGUUACAGCAGUAUCGACAGCAAAUAGAGGAACUGGAAAAUCACCUUGCUACACAGGCUAACAGCUCUCAUAUGACUCCACAAGACUUGUCUCUUGCAAUGCAGAAAGUAUACCAGACAUUUGUAGCUCUGGCUGCGCAACUUCAGUCAAUACAUGAAAGUGCAAAGAUUCUGAGAGAGCAGUACCUUGGCUACCGUAAGACAUACUUUGGUGAUACCACUGAUGUCUUUGAAGCAAAGCGUGCUGAAACUAAGAAGUGGCAAAAUACUCCACGUAUCACAACUGGACCAACUCCAUUCAGCAUACCAAAUGCAGCGGCAGUUGCCAUGGCUGCAACAUUAACACAGCAGCAACAGCCUGCUACAGGACCACAGCCAGCUUUGGGAGUUAACUUUGGAUCACCAUUCGUCUCAGGUAUUGGCACUGGCUUGCAGUCAAGUGGCUUAGGUUCUUCAACACUUGGAGGAUUUGGAAGUACUUCUGGCUUUGGAAGUAAUACUUCAGGCAACACCUCAUUUGGAUUCGGAUCAGCCACUAAACCCUCAGGAAGCCUCAGUGCAGGCUUUGGCAGCUCAACUACUUCUGGAUUUAACUUCAAUAAUCCUGGGAUCACAGCAUCUGCUGGCCUGACCUUUGGUGUGUCCAAUCCUUCAACAUCAGGCCUUAGCAGUAAUCUAGGGGGACAGCUCCUUCAACUGAAGAAACCACCAGCUGGCAACAAGCGAGGCAAAAGAUAGAGAAUUAUCACAUUGGGCAGGGGCACAUAUUUCUUAAAUUAGGCAUGACUUAUGGUUCUGUGUCCUAAAUAUGUUUUUUAAUAGUUGUAGAUAGAAAACUACCAACAAAUAGAAUGUUUAUAUUUGACCAGGUGAGCUUUAAUCAGAAAUUCCUCAUUUUCCAGAAGGAGUCUGAUAUCAAUGAGUUUUCACAGUGAAGAUUAUAUUUUUGAAAGUAAAGCAAGAUGGAUUGUGUACCUAGAUAAUUUCAUAUAUACAAAGCAUAAAUGGAGAGUGUAUCUGUUUUCUACUUCAGGAAUUGGUUACAUACCUAUUUAAGAUCAGCUGCUAUGUAAGUGAAUUUGAACCAUGGAUUUUGCAGAUGACUGCAUAACUGAGAAAUGGAAAUCAUUUGUGUUAAGUCAGUGACGUACGUGUUUUAAUAUUGGAAAUUCACAGCGAUCAUAGCCUUUAAACAUUGCACUUUUUAUACAGUAGGUACUGCCCAAUAUUUGUCUUUGUAGUAAGAAAGUUAGACUGUCAUACCUUUGAGUUAUCAAGGUACUUUGAAAGAGAGCUUUGGUAGUGGUGACUUUCCUUUAAUAUAUAGUUAAUGUCUAUUUUUGUAAUGUUAAAGGAUACUCCAAUUGAAUGCCUUUAUUAGUGAGGGAGGAAAUGAGAGAUGCUGAGUUGGAUGGGAUUGCUAGCAAAUGUCCCUGAUGUCCUAAAUGUCAUCGUGUAUGUGCAUGAGGAGCUGCAUUGUGCAGACUUAAUUUGGAAUUCAUUUUUCAGUGACUUUUCAAGGCCAGAUUUGUUUUCAAAAUUGUUUUCUUUGUGACUUCCAAGUUAUUUAUGUAUGUUUGUUUCAAAACUGUAGUGAAAUAGUCAUGUAUAUGACAAUGUAUUUGAAAAUUGUUGUGAAGUCUUGAAUUAGAAGAAAAUGCAAUUGUAUUUCGGGAAAAUUGUUAAUUUUGUUAAAAUAAAGCAACUUCCACAUGU